CUUUAACGACGAACAAACUAUCCAAACGGCUGGCUAUAGAUAGACCAAGAAAUUAAUCAGUUUCUCCUCACAGGCAGUAAAAAGAAACAAGGAAAUGGCUUCUUCUCUCAAGAUUUCUAUUCUGGCGAUGAUGGUUGUAGUUUUUUUCUCAAGCGCGACAACCUUAACGAGAGCACAAGACCAAUCCACUUCUUGUGCAUCUAAGUUAGUACCAUGUCAAGCCUACCUCAGCACCACAACCCAGCCACCAGACACCUGCUGCAACUCCAUCAAAGAAGCGGUUGCAAAUGAGCUUCCUUGUCUUUGCAAAAUCUAUAACGACCCCACUUUGUUUCAGAGUUUGGGUAUAAAUGUCACUCAGGCCGUCAUGCUCAGCCAGAGAUGCGGUGUCACCACUGAUCUCAGUAGUUGCAGUGCUUCAGCUCCAACGCCAGCUGGUUCAGUUCCUGGAAACGAUGGAAAUGGUGGUAGCAGAAUGUCAUUGUCGACUGGACUUUCAGGCUUGCUCGUAUUAUUGGUCGCGUCUCUCCUGCAUUAGGGGAUCUGAAUCUGUAAUUUGUUAUUUGCAACCAUCAGGAUAGAAUUAGCAGCGGAAAUAAUGUCGAGAGCAUUCAUGUGAUAGAGAGCCAUAUUUCCUCCAUUCAGGGCUUUUUUGCGCAUCUCUUUCUCUGGAUUGAUAUGAGCAUUAUCGUUACUCCCUCUUAGUAAAUUCAGAUUAUGUCAGACUUUAUUUAUGAUGCC